AUGCUACGUAGAUUAACAUAUCCUAACAGAUGGUGUGAUCUUGUCUACACAUUUGGUAGAACAGAAUCUGAACUUAGCAUAAUUUUUAAUAUGGUAAGUUCUUGCAAGUUAUAUUAACUAGAUAAUUUGUUUAUUUCGUGUAAGAAAUAAGCUAUAAAAUUUAUCUUUCAUAUUCUAGGUUAUAAAUGAUAUUUGGACUCAGUUCAGUCAUUUGCUGAAUUCUCUGGACUUAUUUUGGCUAGAUCCAGCAGUUUUUUCAAAUGCAACACACCAGAAAGGUUCUCCACUGGACCAGUGUUGGGGGUUCAUUGAUGGAACAGCCAGGCCCAUCGCCAGACCUGUGCGAAAUCAAAAUGUGAUGUACAGUGGUCACAAACGAGUCCAUUGUAUUAAGUUCCAGGUGCCAUUAAAAUUAGGUUUUGUUUAUUAGUUCAUUAUCUGGCGAUGCAUCCUACUUUUUAGUAGUUACUUCGUCUAACACCAGACGAAUUUACUCCUCAGUGGUAUAAUACUGCCAGUAAAAGGGUUAACAAACCUAUCUACUAAUGUCUCUUAUUAACCCAUUAUCUGGCAAAGCACCCAAAUGCACACUACUUUAGUAUUUACUCUGUCUAACGCCAGAAAAUUUUACUCACAUCAGUGAUAGAGUACUGCCAUUACUGUCGUUACAAUUGAAGUGUUCCUCAAAUAUUGAUUCAAUACAUUACCUCAGGCUGACCAAUUCAUUUCAUCAAGUUCCUCGAGAUAUUCAUACACUUCCCUUGAAAGAGCCAAUUCCAAGUAUUUGAUCAUUUCUGGUCACUUCCUUUCUAUCUAUGAUUGGUUAGUCGCACAAACAACUCAUUUUUCUCCUUAUUUAGUCAUUAAUUGCUCCUAACGGCCUGAUUGUCAACUUAUUUGGACCCAUAGAAGGCAGACGCCAUGAUGCUUUCAUGUUAGGUGUUAGUGGGCUACUACCACAGUUAGAAAGGAUAACAAAGCCAAAUGGUGAACCAUAUGUUAUCUAUGGUGACCCAGCAUAUGGGAUAUCAACACAUGUUAUACCUCCAUUUAGAGGUGCACAUUUUACUCAACUGCAGCAGAAAUUUAACCGUAAAAUGAGCGAAGUUCAGGUGAGUGUAGAAUGGGGAUUUGGCAAAAUCCUACAAUAUUUUGCCUACCUAGAUUUUCGCAAAAAUUUGAAAGUUCUCCUUCAACCAGUUGCAAAGUAUUAUAUCGUGGGAUAA